AUGCGCAGAUUGUUCGUGCGCGGCGAGCCCAAGUGCGGACAUCUGCUGUUGUCACACAACGCGUUCACGAACGAAGCUUUGCAGCAAAAGGACACCCUCAAACGCCUCAUUGAUGCUGUGCACUCGUCGUACUCCUCGUUGAAAACCGUCGCUGCGCAGAAUAUCAAGUAUUUCAUCAAGGAUUUUCCCGAACUUGAGGAUGACGCUAUAAACGCGGUGUACGACUUAUGUGAAGACCAGGACCAGAAGGUACGCAAGGACGGAUACCGCGCUAUCACUUCCGUUUCGAGGGAACAGAGGAAGUGGGUGAAGCGCAACGCGGACGUCUUGGUACAACUGCUUCAGAGCGAUGAACCGGAAGAGGUCGAAGUCGUCGAGCAGCAGCUGACUGAACACCUCGACAUGGACCCUACUGCGACGCUCGGUGUACUGUGCGAUCAGGUUGCGCCACAAGACGAAGCUGCAGACGAAGAAGAGCAGGCAAUACGUGAUCGUCUCAGGGGGCUCGUUCUCAGUUUCAUGACCGGCAAGGCCAAGCGUGGUAUCAUGGAGCGACAUGCCAAUACACACGAUAGCCCGGCUGAAGUCAUGCUGGUGCAGGGGAUGUAUAGGGCCAUCGCGAAGCUACCUCCUGCAGAUGUCGAAAUAGUCAUCAAAGAGGUCCUCCUGCCACUACCAUCGUUCAGCCCGCCGAAUGCUCUGCGGGGGGGUGAGUUACUGAAUGCUCUCAUGGGCGAAGCAAGAUCAGCAUGGAAGUCUGAGUCGCCUCAGGGCAGUGAUCGCUCUUCUAUCCCUCGAACUCGCUUCUUCCUGGAACUCGCACAUGAGAUCAUUGUGGACAAACGCAUAGCGCCUCCACACAAUCUUCUGCAGUUCUGUGUGGCAACUUUGGUAUCAAAGGUGGUCUUGCAGAGUCUCACCGACGAUGUGCAAGCAUUUGUCGUGAGAUGUAUCGCUGAGAGCUUCGACCUCAUGCAAGAGAGCAGUCCAAGUGAGAUUCCAUCAAUACGUGAUCAGCUGGUGGAAGCCAGCGGUUCACUUCUGGCAUGCUUCAUCGAGUUCAAACCCGAAUUGAAACAUUGGCCAGCCUGUGUGACUAUUUUGAGAGCCUGCAAAUACCAUUUUGAGACCUCACAGUGGAAACCGUCAUCAACUGUUGUCUCAGCAUAUCAGAAAUUGCAAGAACAAGCUUCAAGUCGCGAGAUUCCGCAAGAGCACAGACAAGCUGCAGAAGAAGUGCAAAGCCUUAUCAGGUCACUCCUUCAGACUACGCCUGCAUCGCGUCAGUCGUCCGUACCGGCGACAGCACCAAGCCCAGGGGCGUCUACUAACGUAGCGAAAGCCCUCAAGACCGCCAUCGCGAGCAUCAAUGCCGCACGGGCCUCAAGGAUCACUGCAGCAAGGAACCGGAUCUCGCAACGAACGACAGCUGCCACCGCACCUGGUCGCGAGGCGGGCGGAUCGCCAGCGGACAAGCUCACCGGCAAGCGGCCGCGCGACGCCUGUGAGCGACAGUGAGCCAC